UAACAAAUUAUUUUAAAUUCUUAUAAAAUAAAAAGUUGUGAAAGUUGUUUGCUUUGUUUCACUUUUGCCAAAUCCACUAAUAUAUUUAGCUUCUUGAACAUAAACCAUUCCAGAUCUCCUUCAUUUCUAUCCUUCACCACAGAGAGAUUUCUUCUAACAAAUCAGCUUACUCUAAAACAACUCAAUGGUUCCACGAAAAAAACCCAUCUAGCUUUCAUCUCGAAGCAUUGGUAUAAACCAGCAAUUUCUGCCCAUGUCUAAUCACUCUGAAAUAAUGCAUUCUCUUCCACCUCCUCCACAAAGACAACAUAACAACAACACAACUCCAAACCAUUUUUCAAUAUCAAAGCAAUCAGUAAACCUUAAAAGUCCAAGAAUGAAUUACUCACCAGCGCCCUUUGUUAGGCUGUUAAGCAAUGAUCCUCUACUUUACCAGCAUCGGCGGACCCAUCCAUUAGUUUGGUGCAGUGCGGUCCUUUGUCUCGUGUUCUGCCUCCUCGUAAUCUUCUUAGGGAUCACGACUCUGAUCAUCUUCCUAGUUGUCAAGCCAAAAUACCCGUCAUUUGAUGUUCCCAACGCAAGCCUUAACGUCAUCUACUUCGACUCGCCUGAAAACUUCAACGGCGACUUCACCCUGCUAGCAAAUUUCACCAACCCAAAUAGGAAAAUCACUAUUAAAUUUGAUUACCUGAAUGUACAACUCUACUUCAUUGACAGGCUAAUAGCAACUCGAGCGUUGGCACCGUUUAGUCAAAGACCAGGACAAGCAAGGUUGGAGAUCAUUCACUUGAUAUCGAGUUUGGUUUAUCUGCCACCCAAUCCUGCAGUUGAGCUCCAAAGACAAGUACAGAGCAACAGAGUUAGCUAUAAUAUCAGGGGGACUUUCAGGGUCAGAGCAAAAGUGGGAAUCGCUCGCUUCUCAUACUGGUUGUAUGCAAGAUGCCAAUUACAGAUGACCAGUCCACCUAGCGGAAUUCUCGUAGCUAGAAAUUGCAUCACCAAAAAAGAUAAAAAUGGUGGAGAACAUUAAGUAUUCUAUUCUAUUCUAUUCUCCUUUCCUUUUUUUUUGUUUAUCUUAAUUAUAUUUCUAGGCACUAUUACCUCUUAGCUUUGC